CACCGUCGAUGUGUACACUGUAGGCCUACAGUCUUUUCGUGUCGACUUAUUGUAAUGGAACAAUUUUGUUAUCUUUUAGUAAAUCAACAAAAAAUUCAGUUUUAGACAAGUGUUUUGUUUAAUUGUUUAAUUCCAUGAUACGGAUUUCUCGGUACAGCUUGCAUGUGGUAGGUGAAUUAUGCCACGAGACAAUCUUUUGUUUGGAGUAGGUCUAUUCCCAAAUGGCCUUUUUAAUAACAACAUACCUAGAAACAACAUGAAUGGUGCUGGACCUACUCUGCUUAAUAACAACAAUCCAAAUUAUGUAAAUGCUAAUCAGUUAGCUACUGUGAGAGAUAGAAUGUUCCAUGCCAUUUUUCAUCGAAUGGCUAUUGCAUAUGCCAGGACAUUCCCAAAACCUAUUCGAAGACUUUUGGAAUGGCUCUUCCUAUUAAAGGCACUGGCAGCUUUCCUAAUGCUUCUGUAUAUACACAUAAUUUUUUCCCGUUCCCCUAUCACCUGUCUGGAUCACAUAAAAGCUGACUGGCCACGAGAGGGUAUUGUGAGAAUUGACAUUACCAGAAGUGGAAAUGGUCCAGACAUACAGGGUUAUUCAUUACACCAUUCUUAUGCUAAAGAGCAAAGGAUACAUCAGAGAGAGCAAUUUGAAUAUCAGGCUAUGUUUGGUUUUUGGAGUGGACCAUAUAGUUCUUCAGCUGACUCAGAAGAAACUGAAUCAUCGGCGCUUAAGGAGACGACGGAAUUGUUAUCAGACGAAAUUUACUUCAAUGAUACUUUGACCAACAAUAUCACGAAUUUGGAUGAUGAAAGGAUUGAUUCUCUGCUUCCCACAGAGGUUUCAGAACUCGAUAAAAUCAUAAGAGCCACAGUGUGGCCACCGGAAGAGUAUAUUGUAGAGUUUUCUUUGGAGUACGGUUUUUUGCGUUUGAGCCCUACAACCCGAAGAAAAUUAAAUAUCACUAUUUUGCUCGUUACGCUGGACCCGGUUAACAACACUUGCUUCGGCGACAGCUUUGGGCGAUUUUUACUUGAUGAAUUUCUUGGUUACAAUGACUUUAUCAUGGGAGCAGUCAAGGCUUUGGCUGAGGCUGAAGACAGUCAGGGAUAUCUUCGGAACGUGGUGACAGGUGAACAUUACCGGUUUGUCAAUAUGUGGAUGGCUCGUACAUCGUAUAUUGCGUCCGCCUUUGCCAUGGUGAUUUUUACUUUGUCGAUAUCGAUGUUGUUGCGGUAUUCACGGAAUCAGAUCUUCAUUUUUAUUGUCGACUUGCUGCAGAUGCUGGAAUUCAACAUAAAUGUCACUUUUCCAGUCGCGUCAUUUUUCACCGUCAUUCUGGCUUUAGUCGGAAUGGAAGCUAUUAUGGCCGAAUUCUUCAACGACAGUUCCACUGCCUUUUAUGUCAUUAUCUUCGUCUGGGUGGCAGAUCAGUACGAUGCAGUUUGCUGUCACACUAGCGUCACCAAACGUCACUGGCUCAGGUUCUUCUACCUGUAUCACUAUGCCUUUUAUGCGUACCAUUAUCGCUUCAAUGGACAGUAUAGCGGACUGGCUUUGGUGACGUCAUGGCUCUUUACACAGCAUUCGAUGCUCUACUUCUUUCAUCACUACGAGCUACCACUUAUCUUGCGUCAGGUUCAACUGCAAAACAUGUUGAUCCGGACGACCAACAGCUCCAGUGCGGGCGGCUCUUCGGCUGGAGUAACAGCCGCUUCCACUGAGAGUGUCAUCGACCGAAACCACCGGUCUCCCGGACCGGAAGCCGACAGUGAUGCCCAGGUCGAUUUUGAGACUAGAGACCGCGAUUCUGACUCACCAGCUCCCGAAACCCUCUCGGACGACUCAGAAAUGGAAUCGAUAGCUGAUGGAGUUCACAGCGACGCUGAUCCACCAGCCAACGGUGGCGAUGGCAGUAGCAGUAGUAGUAUUAUUACGGCCGCUUCCACUACGUCCAACAGUGGCGUAGAAAUCCUGCCAGCGGACCCACAUCCGGUGGUGGAUUCUCUGCAGCUCACGCACUAGCCAAAAAAAAACAAUAAGUAUCAUCAAACAAGAGAAUUAUUAACAGAACCAUAGUCCGUUUUAUAUUGUAUAACGGAGAUCUAGCUCUAAAAAAGGCAGGUCUAGCUCGAUAGUUCAAUGCUCCAAAUUGUUGUCUCUUUCAACCUCUUCGUGACAGCCGAUGAUGGAAGUAUGCGACGAAGAGCGAAACUGAGUGUGGAUGAUGAAUAUCUAUCGAGUGUUGAUUAAUGACACGGAACGAAUUCUGAUUUACUGGCGAUUCCCAGCAGUGACUUUCAUGCACUUUCUUCUGAUUAUUAUUACAGCAUUACCGAUGGCAAAGACAAAAGAAAUAAUAAAUGAUAUGAUGAAACGAAGCAAGAUUCCUGUAUAGCUGUCACCUCCUCCAUCCUCUAUUUCCAGUUCUAUUCUCUUUUUCCUUGUGAAUUAUGUACAACAUGGUGAAAUUAAACAUACGGAUAAUGAAAAUUGAUCUUAUUGGAAAGUU